AGGUAAUUAGUUAAUUGUGGCCCCUCGGCUCACAGACUCUUUUGUGCUUCUGGUGCCUUAAUCCCAAAACCACCAGCUGGAUCAAACGUUCUCCUGACAACGGCCGGGGCACUGGGGAACCAGCAGGGUAACAGGAGCCUUUGGGGAGAGAUGAAGCCAAAGGCAGAGGCGAAGCAGGGAGGCAGCCCUGGCCGGGCCUCCCGCAGCCCCCGCGUCCCGUUCUCCGCGGCCCAGAUCGGCAUCCUGGAGGGCAGCUACCGGCAGACACGCUAUCUGAGCAGCGGGCAGGUGGGGGAGAUGGCGGCACUGCUGGGGCUCAGCGAGACCCAGGUGAAAAUCUGGUUCCAGAACCGGCGGGCACGGGAAAGGCGGGAUUUCUUGAAGGAGCAGCCAACCAGCAGCAAUGCCCUGGAGGGGGCCGAGCCUGCCCAUGCUGCCCCCCUCGGACAGGCGCCAAUGCCAGGGCUGGGCAGCGCCAAGAUGCUGCCCCCUUGAGCUACCGCAGCCUUGGGCAUCUGAUCACAACGGGGCCAUUUGAGUUGCCAUUUGGGGGGGGGCCCAGAAUGGGGGUGAUGGUCCCCCUAUGGGCUGUGCACCUCCUCCACCUUGUUGUUACAGGGCACCCAUCAAACUCCAGCCCCACCCCCAACUGCAAACUGGUCCCCUUCCCACCCCAAAUCUUCAGCCAGAAUUUGACUCCCUGGCCGGGAUGUGUACCCCAAACUCUGACUGAGCUCGGGGGUUGGGGGCAGGACUGACACCCGCAGACACAGGAGUCAUCCGGCCCGGCUGCUUGGUGCCUCCUGUGUGCAAUGAAUUGGGGGGCGGUCUCAGCCUGGCCUCUUCACCCAACUCUCUUUCAAAACCAGCUGCACAAUUAGCACUCCAGGCCAGGGCUUCCCGUUGGCCCACCCUAGGGCACCUCAUCCCUGGAGCGCCCCCUGCUGGGCCCCGUCCCCAGCACUGACCCGAACCUCCAUUCAAGUGCAAAAGAUGACUGUGCAGAACAUCUGCGGGGGGGGGGGGGGGGGGGCAGAAUGUUCCCCCCACCCCACCCCGAUCUCUGCCUUGUCAAUAUCACGGCUCUGCGUCCGAAAUUGACAAGAAAACCGUUCACUGCUCGCGCUGUGACCCCGCAGCAGGUGGGGGGCUCCAGCUAGAGUCCGGCUGCCCCCUGGUUCCCAGCUCCCAGCCAGGCUGUGCCUGCCCAGCUCCCCACUCCCCCACCAGGGGCCUGGGUGCUGCCCAGGCUCUCAGCUCCCCACUGGAAGCCCAGCAGGUGCCCAGCACAGAGCUUAUUACAGCAGUCGGUAACCCACCAACCCCUGUUUGUGUCCUGUGACUGCUGGGGCGUUAACGGGCCAUUCUGCCUUGAACAGGCCCUUGAGAUCUGUGUUAACGCCUUACAGUAAAC